GGAGACUGCGCUUUUGAUUGGCGGGACCUCCUCUCUCUGAAAAAGAAGGCGGUGCCGCUCGGCUGGAGAGUAGCAGUGUCCAGGAUGACGGCGCCCGUGAGCAGUGCGGCUUCCCGCGCUGCCGUCUGCCCCGGAGAUCCGGACACGUUUGCAUUGGAGAUGAUAAAGUUGAUCAACGACAAGGAGUUCAGUGAUAUACGCUUCACCGUGGGAGAAGAACGACAGACUAUCUAUGCCCACAAGUGCCUCUUGGCUGCAAGGUGUGAGGUGUUUCGAGCAAUGUUUGCAACCUCGGAGCAGGCUGUCACGGAGGACAAUGAGCCUGAUCCGCUGGUCCUCUCAGAGGUCCAGCCAAACAUAUUCCUAGCUCUCCUCGAGUUCAUCUACACCAACUGCUGCAGCCUCUCCACUGAUAUGGUGAUUGAUGUACUGGCUGCGUCCAUAGAGUAUGGUCUGGAUGGACUCACCAAGCUGUGUGUUCGGUUCAUGAGAGAAUCAAUAGCAGUCGACACAGUGUGCGAGUUCACUCAGGCAGCUCUGACAUAUCAGCAGACCACGCUUCAAGAAGAGUGUCUUAACUUCAUUGAUGGAAACACAGAGGAGGUGUUCAAGAGUCAGGGAUUCAAUGAGCUGUCGGAAGACGCCCUGUCCUUUGUACUGCAGUCAGAUCAACUCCAGAUGGACGAGGAAGACAUUCUCGCCAAAGUCACAGAGUGGGCCACUGUCAACUCUGUGAGCUUUGUUUUUGCAAGUGUGCCACCAGUGGUUCAGUUACGUACAAAUCUUCAGGUGGUGAUGGGGCAGACCCUGGGCGAAGUGGCCGUAAAGGUGAUUAACCACGUCAGGUUUGGCCUCCUGGACCCUGAGAAGCUGAGUCAGAUCGAGAGAGACAACCAGCAAAAGAACUUUGUUCCUGUGCCUCUUAUAUCGGCUGCGUGGAAAUUCCAUGCUCUCAAGAAGGUGGAUGUGACAGACCCCCAGACCCGACCUCGGGCUGGAACAGUGCCGCGGGAAUCCCUCAGAGUAGUGGGGUUAACCCCUCAAUAAUGACUUCCCCAUGCAGCACUGUUUUUGAUCUCUCUCCACUGUACUUGCUGUAUCCAUGUCCACCUCACCAUUGUGUACAUAGUACCAACUGUAUUAUUGCUUGUGCACAAUUGGUAUAAACUAUCGUUUAAAAAUCAUGUUAC